AUGGAGGCGACCGCCAUCGUCGGACUCGUCGGAAACGUAUUCCAGUUUCUAUCCUUUGGGCGUGAGAUUCUCACGGUAGCGCACGAAACAUACCACUCUGCUACUGGCACCAGCGACCAUGUUGGUAGGCUGGGACUCCUUAUCGAGAGCAUCCAGGACGCCGUUCGAGACAUAUCUGAAAAGCUGAGAAUCUACGUUAGCCUGAACGAUAACACCCGAUUACUAGAAGAUAUUGCUCAAGAAUGUGGUCGGAUCGCUAAAAAGCUGCUAAAAGAAAUUAGGAAGCUCGAGACUAAAUCGCGAGGAUGGGGCCGGACCUCCGAUGCCAUUCGUAUCGCAGCACGGACUUGGUGGAAGAAACAGGAGAUGGUUGAGCUCGUAGGCCAGCUUAUCGACCUUGAAGGGAGAUUGAUGAGGUGGUGGCAGGACACAACCGCAAGCCAAGAAAGGUCCUUGCUUCUGGGAAAGUUGGAAGGAGUAGAGCAAGCCAUUACCCAGGCUAACAUGAGCCGUCUCGUUGAUCUAGAGUCGCAAUGGCAACAAGCUAUCCAAAACUUAGAUGCGCAAAUGAGCCGCAGUUUUGCUGAACUGCAAGCAACGAUCCAGUCGAGCACGACAAGGAGAGAGGAACCAGAAGUAUGUUCCACGGCACCAACUUUGGAAUACACUAUAUCCCUCGAGAGCUUCAACCAGAUUAAUGAAUCCAUUUUGCGCCUCGUGGAACGGCACCACAGAUGGAAUGCCAUCUUAAAGAGCCUUGCCUUUCCGUCUAUGAAAAAUCGCCAAGAAAACAUCGAGCCAGCGUAUGACAGCACUAACGAAUGGGUUUUUGACUCAUCCAAAACGAAUCUCCAGGAAUGGCUCGAGAGAGGGACAGGCGUCUACUGGAUCAACGGAUUGGCCGGUACUGGCAAAUCAACCUUGAUGAAGUUCGUGUCGGCGGAUGACCAAACAAGAAGAGCCCUUUCGAAAUGGGCUGGCGACGCCGAACUGGUGACGGCUAGUUACUACUUCUGGAACAGCGGGACAGAGAUGCAGAAAUCGCAACGCGGCCUACUCCAACACUUGCUUCACGAUAUCUUCCGCGCAUCUCCCGAGCUGGCACGUACGCUAUGUCGCGAUCGCGAGUUCAACGAACCCUGGGGCGACAGCGAACUGAAACAGAUUUUCAAACGGCUUCGAGGAUUAACAACAGAGGUAAACACGAAAUUCUGCUUCUUCAUCGACGGACUUGAUGAGUACGACGGUGCUGUGGAACAUAUUAUCCAGGUUGUCAACGAUCUAGCCGAAUCACCGGCGAUAAAAGUCUGCGCCGCCAGCCGUCCUUGGCCCGCAUUCCUCGCGGAAUGGGGCACUUCGCCGUAUGCCUUCAAGAUGCAAGAGUUUACACGAGACGACAUGGAGAGUUACGUAUCCGGUUCCUUCACGAGUAACAAGGCAUUCUCGUCGGCAGCACGCCAAGAUAGUCGUUGCCAUGAGCUAGUCCAAGAAGUGGUGGAUAGAUCCCAGGGUGUCUGGCUAUGGGUUUAUCUCGUCGUUCGGGAUCUCCUGCGAGAUAUAAGAGACAACGAACCGUACAAAUACCUCCAAGCGCGUCUCGACUCGAUUCCGAUAGAGUUGGAUUGCUAUUUUGAGCAGAUCCUAUCCAAGAGGGACCGCUUUCACCGAAGCGAGGCAGCUCGUAUAAUGCUGUCUGCGAUCCAAGCCCGAACUCCUAUGUCUAUCCUGGCUUUAGAAUUAUUAGAUAAGGCACCAGGGUUUAUUUUACAUGCACCACCCGAAGAAAGAUCGGAGGAUGAACUCGAGAAUCUCUACCAGAAAUGGGAACCCCGUCUCCAGAAUCGUUGCGGGGACCUGAUGAAAAUAACGAAACGCCCCGGUCGGCUCAACCCCAACAAUUAUCAGGUUGAUUUUCUACACCAAACCGUCUCAUCUUUCCUCCAAUCCAAGUACAUCAGCCGCUUGCGAAGCGAGGCGCCGGCGGACUUCAAUGAAAUCAUCUUCCUCUGUGAAGAUAAAUUGGCAAGUCUCAAAUAUGUGUCUCAAAGCUAUAAUAGACACUCUGAAUCUUCCAGUUUUGAAGCUUUUCCUAUAAGGCUUGAUCUGUGUCAGUAUGCAAGACAACUCGAAGAGCAGGACAAUAGGCCGACCACAAUGCAGACGGUUCGCAAUAUACUCCACGAGAUGGACGCAACCUCACAGUAUAUCAGGUCACGACGCCAGGACCAUUCGCGCAUACCAUACAACUCUCAUGAUAUCGAGACUUCGGACGACCUCUUAGGCCUUGCCGCCUCCUUCGGGCUGGUUAACUUCGUAACGACUUCACUUCCUAACAAAGCGGCCCAGGGGCAACUGAAUACCCUGCUUGUACGCACCUUACAGGUCGGUGAGAUCGCGCGCGACCGCAAAUUUACACGCAACGGAGGCGAAAUGAGAAGACAUACAAUGAGCGUUAUCGUUAGGAAUAAGGGUCUCAUAAGAAAGCUUCUAGCGUUGGGCGCGAACCCAAACACAAGGUUAUUCAAUUUGGGUAUGGGGGACGACAUUCUCCCUCAGAGAUACUCUAAAAUGAUUUCUGAUUUCAUAUCCUUAGCUGGGAUACGCCUCUCGAAUACAGGGUACUAUCGUGCGACUCCUUGGACAUAUCUACUUAAGUCGCUACCCGACGACCUGAGCGACUGCACGGUCAAGGAGGACCUACUAGAGAUCUUUAGAGAUAUGGUCUACUAUGGCGCGGAUAUGCGUAUGCUUAACUACUGCGUCGAGGAGGGAAUGAAGCCGCCUGCGAACGUGCGGAAAGUACGGAUCAUGCGUCACUUUCGGUUCUUGGGACUGCCGCCUCCCUCCUUGGGCUUGGAAUGA